UAAUUUGCCCAGCCGCUUCUGCCCAUCUGUGUGCCAUCAGUAGAGUUUUAGAGAAUCGCCUUUUUGCUGAUGUACAAAUUAGGGGACAGGAUUUUUCAUUUCUUGUAGACACAGGGGCUCAGGUUACUACACUUUCUGAUAUUGUUUGUGCAUCUUUAGGAGUAUCAUUAACAGACAGACACAUCACUGCUGAGGGACUGGGUAAUGCCGGAAUAUCCUUAAUUUUAUCUACACCCAUAGAUGUUAAUCUAGGACCUAAAACCAUUUCAUGGCAAUUUUGGGUGGGAAAGGUUGAGAAUAUUCUUGGGAUGGAUUUUCUGAGAAAAUUGAACUGUUCUUUGUCUAUUAAUGCUGAUUCGUGUGUUUGGAACAUUGCCUCUUUGAAACAAUCUGAUUUGGCUAAUCACCCUAUUUGGUCAGAUGAUAAGGAUGACUGUGGCCUUUUAGAAAUGGAACCAGUUGUUCUCACUGGUCGUCAACCUCCUUGUACUAAACAGUAUCCUAUCAACAAAGAGGCCUUGCAGGGUAUUAGACCAAUCAUAGAUCAGCUUGAGAAAAGAGGUAUCUUGGUCAAAACACACAGUGUAUCCAACAGUCCUGUAUGGCCAGUUCGCAAAGCUAAUGGAACUUGGCGGCUAACAGUAGAUUAUAGGGUAGCUAAUCAGCAUAUUGACAAGCUAACUCCAUUGGUGGCUGACCCAUCCACCAUCUUUGAUGGUAUCCCUACAACACACAGUGUUUUUUCUGUGGUUGAUAUGGCUAAUGGUUUUUGGUCUGUUCCAUUAGCAUCACAAAGCCAGCCUUGGCUUGCUUUCACUGUGGGGGAUGUGCAAUACCAAUGGACACGGCUGCCUCAGGGUUUUCAUAACAGUCCAACUAUUUACCAUCAAGCACUCAGAAAACACCUCUCCCAGGCUGAGCACAUUUUGCAGUCCUCUGUUGUUAUUCAGUAUGUUGAUGAUGUCUUGUUGAGUAGUGAGACUGAGGAAACGCAUGACAAAGACUUGAAGGCGCUUCUUGAAUCUUUGGUUAGCAAGGGACACAAGGCCAGUCGUGACAAAGCUCAGUUGUGUUGUCCUGGUGUACAAUAUUUGGGGCAAUGGGUUACCCAGGGUUCUAGAGGAAUUUUGCCUGCUAGAAGCUCAGCAAUUAAUGCACUGUCGUUGCCAACCACAGUACACAAGUUGCGAGCUUUCUUAGGCCUCUGCAACUACUGCAGACCUUGGAUAGAUUCUUAUGCUGCAAUUUCACAACCACUAUACGAUCUGCUUAAAGGUAAACCUGGACAACAUGACCCUCUUGUACACACAGAUAACACAACCACUGCUUUUGCAAAGUUGAAAUCAGCCUUGAUUUCUGCACCAGCUCUUGGCCUUUGUGAUUCAAACAAGCCUUUCACUGUCUUUGUGCAUGAAGAUUGUGGUUUUAUGACGUCCUGUCUGACUCAGGAACAUGGUGGUAUGCAGCGUCCAGUAGCUUAUCAUUCAGCUAAAUUAGACACGGUGGCUCAUGGUAUGGGUCCAUGUUUAAGAGCAGUACAGGCUACAUAUCUGGCACUGUUAGCAUUUGCGCCACAGACGCUAGAGCAAAUAGUCACAGUCAAAUGUCCUCAUUCUGUGUCAGCCUUAUUCAACAAUGGCCGUGUGUUGUCAGUGACAGCUUCUAGAUGGGGCAACUGGCUUGCUGUUUUGACAGCUCCUAAUGUGGUGAUUCAGAACACACCAAUGAACAACCCUUCCUCCUUUAUGAUGUCCUCAUUGACUGAUGCUUAUGAGGAAGGGGGUGAUCAUGAUUGCAUUGAAUUAUCCAGUUCUCAUCCUGUUGUUAAAGAUGUCCCUCUUGAUAAUCCAGAUUUGAUUCUUUUUACUGAUGGUUCCUCAACUUACACUGAUGGUCAGCGUAGAUCUGGAUGGGCGGUGACUGACAGUCUUCAAACUUUGGCCAGUGGUAGUCUUCAUCCUUCCUACUCAGCCCAGCAGGCUGAGUUGGUGGCCCUAACUGAAGCAUGUAAACGUGCAUCAGGUAAAUGUGCCACAAUUUUUACUGAUUCAAGAUAUACCUUCGGUGUUGUGCAUGACUUUGCACAUCUGUGGAGUCAUAGAGGUUUUUUCACAGCUGCUGGCACUCCAGUUAAAAAUGCUGACUUAGUACAUGGUCUUUUGGAAGCUGUCAAGUUACCCGCAGAUCUAGCCGUCGUGAAAGUCAAAGCGCACACAGGUGGUAAUUCUUUUGAAGCACAAGGCAAUAGAAUUGCAGAUGAAGCGGCUAAAAGGGCAUGUUUUUUACCACCAGCUAGUAUUGCAUCCCUCACUAAUACAGAGUGUAAUACUAAUGACAUUUCUUCUAUUCACAAGCUACAGUCCGAUUCCCCAAACUGGGAACUCUGGACAUGGCUGGAAUCGGGUGCAAAAAUUGCUCCAGAUGGUGUCUGGACCAAAGGGGGAAAAUUAGUUGCACCUGAGUCACUACUCCCUUACUUAGCUACACAGAUACAUUCUUUAGGUCACAUUGGAGUGGAAAAGAUGGUAAAUCAGUUUUCACAUUCCUGGUGGAAUCCUAAGUUCAGGGAACAGGCUAAAGCAGUUGUUCAAAAUUGUGUUGCUUGUAACCAAGUCAAUGUUGUUCCUCAGAUGCGCAGUCCGGCUACUAAAACAGUAGCGCCUCCAGGUCCAUUUCGCCAUUUACAGGUAGAUUACAUCACACUGCCUAAAUGCGAGGGAAAACAAGAUGUUUUGGUCAUAGUGGAUAAAUUUUCUCACUGGAUUGAAUGUUAUCCAACUUCCAAGGGCACUGCUGCACACACUGCUAAAAUGUUAGUGCAGGAUUUUAUUCCUAGGUGGGGUCUUCCUGAGCAAAUUGAGUCAGAUCAAGGCACUCACUUCACUGGACAGGUAGUGCAGGCUGUCUGUAAACUCCUGAAGGUGAACUGGAAACUUCACUGUCCAUACAGACCACAAGCUUCAGGACAGGUAGAGCGUGUAAACCGUGUCAUCAAGGAACGACUGACUAAACUCCACAGUCAGGGUGUCAAAUGGACUGCAGCCUUGCCAGCGGUACUUUGCAGUAUAAGGGCAACUAGCAACAAAACAGUUGGGCUUAGUCCUUAUGAAGUUGUGACAGGUAGACCAAUGCUGGUUCCAGGGGUGAUUGAUCUCCGCAGAGCAGAUGUGCAUUUACUGUCAGAUGCACUUCUUAAUUAUUGCCAAACACUAUCACAAGCAGUACAAGCAGCUCAGAGUCAGGUCAAUAGCGCUUGGAGCAAACCAGCUGAAGGUGGCCAUACAAUAAUUCCAGGUCAAUGGGUCAUGGUGAGGAAACAUGACAGACAAUCUCUAGAACCCAGAUGGGAUGGCCCAUAUCAGGUUCUUUUGAUUACUAACUCAGCAGUGAAAUGUGAAGGAAAGAAAACAUGGAUUCAUGUUUCUCAUUGUAAGGUUGUGCCUGCUCCUCAAAAAUGACUUUAAGGGCCAGUAAAAGAGGAGGUGGGUGAUGUACAGAGCCUCAAGGAAGAACUAUGAUUUCUAUUAUCAUGGGGGUUACCCUUGAGGUGAAGACUCCACAACACUGUGUAUCACCAUAACAGCCUUUUCUGAGGGACAGAUACUGGGGAGCUGCAUGACAAUCACUGAAUGAAAAUCUUCAGAUUUUGCUGAUGAACAGUUCACUGCGUAUGUUCCUUUUGUGUAUUCUAUAGAACCACACAGCGGAGACGGUGUCCCCAUCCACUCAGAACACUGCAUGGACUUCUAGAUGCCUUGUUGACUCUUCAAGAAACGUGCAUCUCAAGAAAACCUGCGCAGCUGAUUGGAGACAAGGACGAGACCUUGAGGACGACCUACCAAGCAACAGACGCUGUCAAGUUCACCAGGACAACAUGAAUACAUCACAAAUCCAAACACUGUGCAUGAUCAUAACCAUGAUCUAUGGUUCAAAUGCAUGGGAUUGCACACGCAUGCCCACAGAAGACCUGACGUUCCAUCAUGCAGAAGCAAAUCAUCCAAGCUCCCUGACCUGCAUCCAUCAUAGACCAGCUCUACCUGAAGACACCAUAUGUUUUUGGCACUUCUGCACUAAUAAAGACUUGUAGUCAUAACAUAAUUUUGUGAUUCUCCAUUAAGGAGAAUCAAAGGGGGAAUUGAGAGAAAUUAAGCUUCUAUCUGCUGAUCUAAGGUGGUCAACUCCCUGCAUUGUUGGUUUGGCCCUUUGAUUUGAUAUAACCCUCCAGGGUGGCAACCAUCAAGGAGUGUUGAUGUUCGCCAUCCUUGCAGGGAGUCGGCACCUCUGUCCUUUUGAUAGGGUAAUCACCAUCCCCCUGUUUAACCCCCUCUUCCUAUCACCCUCAUCCCCCUCGCAUUCCCUUGCUUAACCCCCCUCUUCUUAUCACCCUCAUCCCCCUUGCUUACCCCCCCUAAAACUCCUUUUCCACACCUUUAUCCUCCUCCCACAACUUCCAGUGUUUAUAAGGUUCUCCUAAUAUAUCCCUAGUCAGACUGGCUGUGAUAGACUGACUGCGAUCCACU